AGCUCAUGCCACUAUAUAGCACCAUUUUCAGUUGCCAAUGGUUACCAAAAAACUCAAUGGCCUCUUCUUCCCUGAAUUACUCCCUCCUAGCCGUUCACUUAGUCCUCUUCUCAACCUUAAUCAAACACAGCUUUGGAACUUUCUACGAGGAGAUGGCUGAAGGCAUAGCCUUGAAGAGCAUGGACAGCACAAUCCAUCUCCAUUUCUACUUUCAUGACAUAGUCAGUGGCAAGCACCCGACGGCAGUAAAAAUUGCCCAACCACAGGACACUCCGCCCUCCGGCUUUGGCACCGCUUUCAUGAUGGAUGAUCCACUGACAGAAGGGCCAGAACCCACCUCGAAGCUCGUUGGAAAAGCGCAAGGAAUAUAUGCAAUUGCAUCACAGAGCCUCGUAGAACUGCUCAUGGUUGUAAAUUACGAGUUCGUGGAAGGUAAAUACAACGGAAGUAGCAUCAGCAUUCUUGGGAGGAAUCCGGUGUUUGAUGAUACCAGAGAAAUGCCCAUCGUUGGGGGCAGUGGGCUGUUCCGGCUGGCUCGCGGGUAUGCCUUGGCACAUACCGUUUGGUUUGAUCCUAACACAGGAGAUGCCACUGUAGAGUAUAAUGUUUAUGUCAUGCUCUCUUCUUGAUCAUUAUUCCCGGCCAAUGCACUCUAUCAACCCUUCUUUAACUGAUGUUAACUGUACCGUAUAGUAAAUUCCAUAACUGAAGAAGAUGAGAAAUCGAACCUGUUAAUGAAAUGGUCCCUUCUGUAAAGUCAACACAGGUUUGAAGCAUGUCUGCGAAUGCAAGAAGAGAUCGCGUAAUCAAACCUGUUAAAGCUUAGCGCUGUAAACAGACAUAAGCAAAGUAGUUUUUGUCAAUCAAAAAAGCAAAGUAGAAUA